GCUUGCAUUCACUCGUAAAUUGUAAAAUACGUCGAAAUACAAAUUGACAUACUGGUCAUUAUUUAUUUCUCAGAAAUAAAGCUCUCAGCUUUGUAAAAGAAAUUCCACUUUGGUUUUUAGAAGACUAUCGCUAUAUGGAAGCACAUUGGAGGGCGCAGACCAACCCAACAAGAACGAGGAAUGGGGUUGGUGAAAACAUUACUAAGGUUGCAGGUCCUCUAGUCAAGAUUAAGAUGUCCAUCAUAAAGAAGUACCCUCAGUUGCCUGUCCAUAUAGUGGAAGACCACAAUGAUGCCCUAUAUCACAUACUGAGGGCUGUAGGUUCUAAGCAUCUACCAUUUAAUAAUAACCUGCUCAUACAUUUUGAUUCUCACCCUGACUUGCUCAUUCCCUCAGAGCUCAAAGCUUCUGAGGUGUAUGACAUUCCUGUGAUGCUGCCUAAGUUAAGCAUUGAAAACUGGAUACUUGUUGCUGCUUUUGCUGGUCAAAUCUCGUCAAUUGUGUGGAUGAAACCACCAUGGUCGAAUCAGAUAGAAAAUGGAGACUAUUCUUUUUAUAUAGGAAGAAAAAAGAACACGGAUAGUAUUAGAGUUUCAUGUCCUAUUUUGUAUUUCGUCGCCGAGAUGCUUUAUAGUAAGAAAGAGGACCUUGAAGAUGAAAAAGAGGUCCUACUGUUGGUUCGAACGUUAGAUUAUGAGACAAAUGACAAUUUAGAGAAAGAUAUAUUAGAUCUGGUAAAAAAGCAUGGAGAAUAUUAUAUUUUGGAUAUUGAUCUAGAUUUUUUUACCACAAUGAAUCCUUUCCUUGGUAUGCAUCCUAAAGUAGAAAUGUACAGUAGACUACGAGAAAUAUAUAGUUUUGAUUUUACUGCUACACAAGAGGAUGAAGUACUUGAUGCUCAGAAUAAAAGAUGUAACCAAAUAACAGAUUUGAAAAAUAUAUUUAUGAAAUUACAAGAAUUAAAGGAUAUUAAUGAAAUUGAAAAAAGGUUAUCAAGCUUAUGUGAAGCAAUGGAACCUGCUAAACAAAAGUCUAUUGUCAACCUCAUUGAAGAUUUGUGCCAUGAGUACGGAUCAGAAGUAGACUGGGAACUGGUGCAUGAUGCUGGAUGUACCUGUGAUGAUCGCUUACAUGAACUCCCCCACCAUAUAUCCACAAAUGAGGAGAUUGAUUCUUUGAUGGCCAGUACCCGAAAACUCAUUACCUCAUUUCCCUCUCCAACAAUUAUCACUUUAGCCCGAUCGAGCUUAGAUGAUUAUUGUCCACCUAAUCAAGUCAAUAAAGUUCAGGAAGUUUUGUGUGAAUUUUUGAGAAAAAGUUUUGAUAUAGAAUGUAAAUUGCAUUAUAAAAAUGGUCAGUAAUGAGCUGCCUUCAUUAGCCAUGUUUGGCUUUUAUAUGAACUGUGAUCACUUAACAUAUAAGUAAUCCAUGACUUACUCAGCUGAAAAAUAAAAUUAUAUAUUAAUGUAA